CAUAGAACACAUUGAAGAUGUCUUAUAGAAUUGAAACCGAUGCUUUUGGGGAAAUCCAAGUUGAUACCUCGAAAUAUUAUGGUGCUCAAACCGCAAGAUCAAAACAGAAUUUCAAGAUUGGUGGGGAUCAAGCCCGGAUGCCAAUUCCAAUUGUUAGAGCAUUUGGGAUUUUGAAGAAGUCAGCUGCAAUUGUCAACGAAAGAUUGGCUGGGUUAGAUCCAAAGAUCUCCAAGGCCAUUCAAGAAGCUGCAGAUGAAGUGGCCAGUGGGAAAUUAGAUGAUCAUUUCCCAUUGGUGGUUUUCCAAACCGGUUCUGGUACCCAAUCUAACAUGAACGCAAAUGAAGUUAUUUCAAAUCGUGCUAUUGAAAUAUUAGGGGGUGAAUUAGGAUCCAAGAAGCCGGUUCAUCCAAAUGAUCACUGUAAUAUGUCACAAUCUUCAAAUGAUACUUUCCCAACCGUUAUGCAUAUUGCAGCAAUUACCGAGAUCAAUAAUUUAUUGGUUCCAGAAAUGACAAAGUUACGUGAUGCAUUGAAAGCAAAAUCAGAAGAAUUUAAUGAAAUUAUCAAAAUUGGUAGAACUCAUUUACAAGAUGCAACUCCUUUAACCUUAGGUCAAGAAUUUUCUGGUUACGUUCAACAAUUAACCUUUGGUAUCGAAAGAGUUAAAGCUACUUUACCUAGAUUAUCUCUUUUAGCACAAGGUGGUACUGCUGUCGGUACUGGUUUGAACACCAAGAAAAACUUUGAUGUUGAAGUUGCAAAAGAGAUUUCAAAACAAUCUGGAUUUGAAUUCCAAACCGCCCCAAAUAAAUUCGAAGCAUUGGCUGCUCACGAUGCUAUUGUCGAGGCUUCCGGUGCUUUAAAUACCAUUGCAGUUUCAUUAUACAAAAUUGCUAACGAUAUCAGAUAUUUGGGUAGUGGUCCAAGAUGUGGUUAUGGUGAAUUAAGCUUACCUGAAAAUGAACCGGGUUCUUCUAUCAUGCCUGGUAAAGUUAACCCAACUCAAAAUGAAGCUUUAACCAUGGUUGCUGCCCAAGUCAUGGGUAACCAUACGGCAAUUACUUUUUCUGGUGCUUCUGGUCAAUUCGAGUUAAACGUUUUCAAACCAGUCAUGAUUGCAAAUUUAUUAAACUCAAUCAGAUUAAUUGGUGAUGGUUGUAAUUCUUUUAGAAUUAAUUGUGUUGAAGGUAUUAAAGCUAAUGAGGAUAAAAUUGCAAAAAUUAUGAAUGAGUCCUUGAUGUUGGUCACUGCUUUGAAUCCAAAGAUUGGUUACGAUAAUGCAUCUAAAGUUGCUAAGAAUGCUCAUAAAAAAGGAUUAACUUUGAAAGAAUCAGCUUUGGAAUUAGGUGUUAUAACCGAAGAAGACUUCGACUUCUGGGUUAAACCUGAAAACAUGAUUGGCCCAAAGGACUAAAUCUCGUGAAAUAAAUAUUUAUUUAAACUUAUAAUGCAAAGUAUAUAUUGGGAUAAUUUUUCGUAAAGCUCAUUAAACAUUAAAUGCAACCCC